AUGGAUCUUCUGGAGUUCACAAAGGUAGAACUGGAUGUUUUGAGACAAGAUUCUGGAUGGCAAGAAUUUCUUACCAAGGUCACUUAUUUUUGUGAGAAGCACAAUGUUAAAGUUGCUGACAUGAAUGGGAAGUAUAUUCCUAUGCAAAGAUCAAGGCAGUUCUACAGAGGUGCCAUUAAUUAUCACCGGUUUCAUGCUGAUAUGUUUUUGGGUGUCAUUGAUAGACAAGUUCAAGGGCUCAAUAAUUGGUUUGAUGAGAUCCUGCGCCCGCCACUGGCGGCAGCGCAGGCGGGCGGUAGCGGUGUCGUGGGCGAGGCGAGGGCAGCGACGGUGGUGGUGCAGGCGGGUGGUAGUGGUGCCGUGGGCGAGGCGCGGGCGGCCGGCGGUGGCGUGGCUUUUGAAGGGGUAGAUGUUGUUUUCCACACGGCUUCUGCAGAUUACACUAAGAAUGACUCACAACUUCAUUACAAAGUCAAUGUCGAGGGGACAAAGACAGUGAUUGAUGCUUGUAAGAUAUGCAAAGUUAAACGGCUUAUAUAUACUAGCUCAGGUGCUGUUGUAUUUGACGGGGUUCAUGGGCAUUUUGACGUAAAUGAAUCAAAGCCAUACCCAGAUAAGUUUCCUUACGCAUACGCACAAACAAAGGCUGAAGCAGAGAAGCUUGUCAUAAAAGCCAAUAACACAAGUGGGCUUCUAACUUGUUGUAUACGUCCUGGUACCAUUUUUGGUCCUGGUGACAACAUUGUAUCAUCUGUGGAUUACUGUGGAAGAACCCAACUGAUUAUAGGUGAUGGGAAGAACUGUGAUGAUUUUGUAUAUGUUGAAAAUGUGGUGCACUGUCACAUCUGUGCUGAAAGGGCUCUUUGUAAUAAAGAGGGUGCAGAGAUCAGUAGAGGGAAAGCCUACUUUGUAACAAACGUGGAGCAAAUUAAUCUUUGGGACUUCCUAUACGAGAUUUAUGAAGAAUUUGGAUACAUAAGCGGAGGGAGAUGGGGUGGAGGGGGUCCCAGGAUGGUCACCGGCGCGGCUGAGGGAGGGUGGGAGAUGGCGGGAGAGGGAGGCGGCGGCGCGUGGUAA